AUGUGGGAGCAGGAGGAAUUUGCUAAACACUGGAGGAAUGAAUUUCCUGACGGGGAAGUGCCUCAAAUGGACUUGAACUCCGUGGAGGACAUCGAGACGGAGCUGGAGAAAUGCAAAGCCAACCUGAAGAGGCUCCAGCAAGCCCUGGCGGAGGAGAAAUUCAAGGUGAUUUACCUGCAGACCACCGUGGCCCGACAGAGGAGAGGCUACGACCAGGAUAGGUUUGACGGCAAAGAUGAAAACUUAAACGCUGAUAAGGUCGGCUUUUCCAAGACGGGGGAUAUUAGGAAGUCGACGCGGGGAGAGGAUGAAGGGCACCGGGAGAGAACUAAAGUGUCUGGAGGUGCCAAGCUCCAUGUGCCAGGUAUCUCAGGCGGGGUCAGCAGCUCCGUCCCCCGAGAGCGGAGCAGGUUUAGCGGCAGGACAGGCAAGCCCGCCCCCGCUGUGCCACGGAAGCCAGGACUCGACAGGAGAGGGGACGCGGCCCCCACCGGGGUCCCUCAGUCGGAUGAUAACGGGGAGACCAGCGACCAUGAGUACGAGGAUGUGGAGCUGAAUCAUAAUUUCGUCAGGAGUAACUUGGUGACACCUACGACCCACCGCAGCGAUAGCCAGAGGAUGUCAAACUUGCAUCGGGACGCCCUCAGGCCUUUCCGCCAGAGCAGAGACUUGGACUCGGACGACGGGAGGCUGUCCCCGUCCUUCAUCCAGGUUCACCGCAGAACCUCCCGUGGCUCUGGGUGCAGCACCCCUGACAGGCGGAGUGAUGGGUACCUGAGCUCAGACCAUGAUGACUCCUUCUCCUCAGACUUUAACUACAACACAGACGGCUAUGAGGGGGACGGGGCAGAGGAUGGCAAGUCCCAGGAUGGCUCAGAGACCAUGCCCUUCAUAGAUGAAUCCCCCACCAUGUCGCCCCAGCUGUGCGCCCCCCGUGGGCCCGACGGUGAGACGGUAUCCCCCACGCCUCCAGAGGGUCUGCUGCCUGGGGGAGACAUCGAGAAGGGACUGGAGAUGAAGAAACUGGUGCUAUCAGGCUUCCUGGCCAGUGAGGAGAUUUACAUCAACCAGCUGGAGGCCCUGCUACUGCCCAUGCGUCCUCUCAAGGCCACCGCCACCACAUCUCAGCCGGUUCUGACCAUCCAGCAGAUUGAGACCAUCUUCUACAAAAUCCAGGACAUCUUCGAGAUCCACAAGGAGUUCUAUGAUGCCCUCUUGCCCAACAUCCAGCAGUGGGAUGAAAAAGUCACCGUGGGACAUCUCUUCCAGAAACUGGCCAGCCAGCUGGGAGUAUACAAAGCCUUUGUGGACAACUACAAGGUGGCACUAGAGACAGCGGAGAAAUGCAGCCAGGCCAACAGCCAGUUCCAGAAAAUAUCAGAGAACCUCAAAGUAAAAGGUCCAAAAGAUUCCAGGGAGUGUACCACAACUGUCACAAUGGAGGCUCUCCUUUAUAAGCCCAUUGACCGCGUGACCAGAAGCACCCUGGUCCUUCAUGAUUUGCUAAAACACACUCCUAAGGACCACCCGGACUUCCCCCUGCUGCAGGACGCCCUGCGGAUCUCCCAGAACUUCCUCUCCUCCAUCAAUGAGGAGAUCGACCCCCGCAGGACAGCCGUUACCACACCCAAGGGAGAGGCUCGUCAGCUGGUGAAGGAUGGCUUCCUGGUGGAGGUGUCGGAGGGCUCCAGGAAGCUGCGGCACGUCUUCCUCUUCACCGACCUGCUGCUCUGUGCCAAGAUGAAGAAGACGGCUGUGGGUCGUCAUCAGCAGUAUGAGUGCAAAUGGUACAUACCCCUGGCAGACCUGACUUUCCAGACCCUAGACGACUCAGACUCCUGCCCCCACGUCCAAAUGCUGCCCGAGCACGAGAUCGAGGAGAUGAAGAUCAAGAUCUCAGUCAUCAAGAGCGAGAUUCAGAAGGAGAAGAAAGCACCAAAAGGUCAGAGCCGUGUGGAGCGUCUGAGGAAGAAGAUGAAUGAGCAGGAGUCGUGGCUGCUCCUUCAUUCCCCCACCAUCCCUUUCCGCAUCCACAACAAACAUGGCAAGAGCUACCAGUUCCUGCUCUCCUCCGACUAUGAGCGGUCAGAGUGGAGGGAAAGCAUCCAGAAACUCCAGAAGAAAGAUCUGCAAGCGUGUGUAUUAAGCUCUGUAGAGCUCCAGGUCCUCACCAGCUCCUGCUUCAAACUCCGAACUGUCCACAACAUUCCUGUCACCAGUAAUAAAGACGAUGAGGAGACUCCAGGCCUUUACGGGUUCCUGCAUGUGAUCGUCCAUUCUGCCAAAGGCUUCAAGGAGUCAGCCAAUCUGUACUGUACCCUGGAAGUAGACUCAUAUGGAUACUUUGUCAGCAAGGCGAAGACCCGAGUCUUCAGAGAUACCACCGAGCCACAGUGGAAUGAGGAGUUUGAGAUCGAGCUGGAGGGCUCCCAGUGCCUGCGGAUCCUGUGCUAUGAGAAGUGUUAUGACAAGAGCAAGCUCAACAAGGACGACAACGAGAUUGUAGACAAGAUCAUGGGCAAAGGGCAGGUUCAGCUGGAUCCUCAGACAGUGCAGUCCAAGAACUGGCACAUGGACGUCAUAGAGAUGAAUGGGAUCAAAGUGGAAUUCUCCAUGAAGUUUACGAGUCGUGACCUCAGCUUGAAGAGAACGCCGUCAAAAAAACAGAGCGGGGUGUUUGGAGUCAAAAUCAAUGUGGUGACGAAGCGCGAGCGCUCCAAGGUGCCUUACAUAGUCCGCCAGUGCAUUGAAGAAGUAGAGAAGAGGGGAAUCGACGAAGUAGGAAUCUACAGGAUCUCAGGGGUGGCCACCGAUAUCCAGGCCCUCAAAACAGCAUUUGACACCAAUACCAAAGAUAUCCUGGUGAUGCUGAGUGACAUGGACAUCAACGCCAUCGCGGGAACUCUGAAACUGUACUUCAGGGAGCUGCCGGAGCCUCUGCUCACUGACCGCCUCUACCCUGCCUUCAUGGAGGGAAUAGCUCUCUCAGACCCAGCAGCUAAGGAGAACUGUAUGAUGCACCUCCUGCGCUCCCUGCCUGACCCCAACCUCAUCACUUUCCUCACCCUGCUGGAGCACCUCAAGAGGGUGGCGGAGAAGGAGCCCAUCAACAAGAUGUCCCUCCAUAACCUGGCCACCGUGUUUGGCCCCACUCUGCUCAGGCCCUCGGAGUCAGAGAGCACCAAGGGACAGCACAUCACCUCUGCCUCUGACAUCUGGUCACAUGACGUCAUGGCACAGGUCCAGGUGCUGCUCUACUACCUGCAGCAUCCUCCCAUAUCCUUCGCCGAGCUGAAGCGCAACACGCUCUACUUUUCCACUGACGUUUAAUCCCCGACCGUCCCCACCACCCCCCACCCCCGGGUCCCCAAGAAAGGGGAUAUGGGGGCGUCCGGAGCCAAGAGACUCGAUACGAACCUUCCUUCCUGCCCGCCCCGUUUCCUCCUAGCUCAUCUCGACUGUACAGACCCCCGACCCCCCCAGCCCCCCUCCUCGCCCCCGCCCAUCUCAAAGACAGAUGGAGUCACACAUGUCGGGAGAGGGGCUGGAGGAGAUUUCCUGGUCUUCUAGUCUUGUGUCAUGUUUGUAUGUGAGGAGAGUAGCCCCCCGCCUUCCCCUUGGAGGGAAGUGAAGGGAGCAGUGGAGCCCCGUCCUCCGUCCGACAAGACGGCAUUCUGGGACCACAGUGGUCACUGGCGCUUUGCUGCCACACGACCAUCGCUGGGAGUGUGCUGUUGUCAUCUGGUGAGCCCUUUCCAGACACUGGCUUAAUGAUCUCAGAAAAAAAAAGAAAAGAAAAACUGGUCAACUCAACCUCCAACUUGACGCUUUUUUGUUUGUUUUUUUCCCCGCUCAGAGGCAUUCCAGAAAAAAACAUUUACAUAUUUUAUAAAUAUAAUUUUUGUCUAAAAACUGUUAUGUUUGUUUCCUUUUUCUCUCUUUCUGGGCUUUGUGCAUGUGACGGAGGAGGGCUGGGUGUGUAUGUGUGUGUGUGAGAUGAUGUGGAUGUGCCUGAGCAAGUGUGUGUGUGUGUGUGUGUGUGUUUAAGGGACGACUAUGAGGACUGUCAAGGUUCAGAAACGGCCAGGAAGCCAUCUUUAACGAAUGGCUGGCAUCACGUCUCUCUGUAUUGACAAACUAGAGAGCGCUGCCCUCCCCCUGUGAGUCUUGGCCAAAUUUGCCCUAUUUAUUUUAAAUAUAUAUAUUAUGUGUGCCUGUACAGUUCUGUGCAACUAGAGAAAUGCUCUAAGGAGUCUGUUUUUUGAAGUUUAUUCAGGUAGUGAUGUUAUUUUUUAGUCUAAUUUUCUCAUUCACCAUGUCCAUGGUUGGUAAGCUGUACUGAAACGAUCACCGGAAUAAAGUGUAAAGUCUGCCAAUUGAUUUGAAAUCACUUUCUAGAGGAGAAAGAGCACUCUGUGGCAUGAGGGUUGUUGGGGGAAAAAAAAGAAAGAAACGACAAAUGGAACAUUAGCUUUUUUUUCUUGUUGUUGCAUUGCAAGCCUGUUCCAAGUGUCUUACUGCACCGGUAUAAUCUAUGGGAUAAUUUGUGUAGUUGCCCUCAUUGCAUGUUCAGCUUGUCAAUCAAACCAGGCCGGGUAACACAAAGGUAGGUUGUCUCUGCUGGGUCCUCGUUAGACUGGCAAAAAGCCCAUCACUGCUCUGUACAAAGCCAACCUUUCUGCUAUCAAGCCUGCAACAUAUCUUAAAAUACUGUAAGCACUGCUAGAUGAGUACUAUUUGAUAUUUUUAAUAUAAGAUGAAAAUUAAAUCAAAAAAUGUUGUAUUUUACUUCCUUUGAGAAGAAUUUCAGUAUACUGUAAUAAUGAGGCUAAAUGUCAAUGUGAACUUUUUUCCCUUUUUUUUUUU